UUAUUGAAGCUUCUAAAAUUUCUAUUGAAGCUUUUCCACUAUUAACGGAGUUCUUUAUGAAAUUAAUGUUGUUAACUUCCCUUAUCGUUGAAAUUACAAGGCUACCCGGCCAGACUUAAGUAUAUAGAUUGACAAUUAUAUUCUCACGAUAAACACAAUUUGUUUAUCAUGAAGAUAAACUUGUAUAUUCUCAAAUUAGCAAGUGUGUGGCUCGUAUUGACAUCCAAGUGGGGUGGAAGGGUCGAGAUGGAUGUAGGUCAUGUACCUACCAUAGGUGGAGGGGUGUGGAUGCGUAUAGAAUUUUUAGGUGGGGAUGAUUGUAGAAGUGUCAUUCACCUUCGACUUGUCUCAUUGACAUCCCUAACUUAUUCUUCUUAAAAUUAGUUUAGACUAAAUAAAAAUUUAUGAUUCCUUGAUUCAAAAGAGAAAAAAAAUGUCAUUCUCGUUCACUUAUUACUAGAUAUCUUUCAUUGCGUAAAAAAAAAUUAUGAAAAGUAUUUGAAAAAUACACUAUGAGACAAGCUUAACAAGAUCCAAUUGGAUAGCGUAAUAAGAUUUUUUUUUCCUUAAAAUGUGGUCAAAAUGUAGUCAAAUCAGUACAUUAGAAUACCUAGACCUUCAUCUCCGAUCUUCAUUUAAAUUGAGUUCUUUCCUCUCCCAUUGAAUUUCUCCAUUAAUGUGUUAUGUAAACAAACACCAAUUAGGUACAAAACUCAUAACUCAUGAAUUCAAUUUUUUUUUUUUUUUCCAAUUGUGAAAUCACAAACAUCUAGUCAUUGCAUUAACAAAUUCUCAAAUAUAAUAGGGUUAGUGUUAUUGCCAAAAAAUAUUAGGGUUAAAGUGUAGAGAAGUGCUUGCCAAAAUAUGAAAAAUGUUUAGUGGAGAUGCGGGGUAUCGAUCCCCGUACCUCUCGCAUGCUAAGCGAGUGCUCUACCAUCUGAAAUUCUCUUUUCAAAAUAUAAACUUUUUUUUUAAAAAAAAAAACUAGACGUUUCCACCAUUAACUCUUCAAAAAGCUCGCAAGUCUUCUUCUUCUUCUACUUCUUAGUCGAAUAAAAAUGCUGAGAAGGGCAUUGAAACUCCGCCCUUUCCUCUCUCCUCACUCUUCAUCAUCUUUCUCUCACUUUUUCUCAUCAUCUUCAUCUUCACCUUCACAAAAUUCAUCUGGGAAUUUUGUCGAACAUGUUGCGGGCAAUCCUAAUGAAACCCGUUCAACUUCAAACCCCACCAUUUCCAUCGAUCGUUCUGGUCUUUGCAACCCUCCUGAGCAUUCUCAUGAACCAACCUCGGAUUCCGAGCUUGUUAAGCAUCUAAAAAGCAUAAUUAAGUUUCGUGGAGGUCCUAUCUCUGUGGCUGAGUACAUGGAGGAAGUUCUUACGAAUCCAAAGGCUGGAUUCUACAUAAAUCGUGAUGUAUUUGGAGCAGAAGGUGAUUUUGUUACUUCUCCUGAAGUGAGCCAGAUGUUUGGGGAGAUGGUUGGUGUAUGGGCCAUGUGUCUUUGGGAGCAAAUGGGCCGACCUAGUAAGGUUAAUUUAGUAGAGCUUGGUCCAGGAAGGGGUACUCUUAUGGUUGAUCUUCUUCGAGGUGCAUCUAAGUUCAAGAAUUUCACAGAAUCUCUACACAUACAUUUAGUUGAGUGCAGCCCAACUCUGAAGGAACUACAACACCGCAAUUUGAAGUGUUUAGAUGAAGAUGAUACAUCAUCAAGCGGAGAGAAAAAGACAGUUAGCCAAAUAGCUGGAACCCCUGUAGCAUGGCAUGCUGCUUUUGAGCAGGUUCCAUCAGGAGUGCCAACAAUCAUCAUUGCCCACGAGUUUUAUGAUGCUUUACCUAUUCAUCAGUUUCAGAGGGCUUCUCGUGGCUGGUGUGAGAAAAUGGUUGACAUAGAAGAAGAUUCAGCGUUUCGCUUUGUUCUCUCGCCUGCGCCUACACCUGCAACUGUUUUUCUUGCAAAGCGCUGCAAGUGGGCUGUGAAAGAGGAAGUAGACAAGCUUAACCAAAUUGAGAUUUGCCCACAGGCAAUGGAACUGACUGAAUCCAUUUCUAAAAGAAUAAGCUCUGACGGCGGUGGAGCACUUAUCAUAGACUAUGGUCUGAAUGGAAUAAUUUCUGAUAGUCUUCAGGCAAUUCGAAAACAUAAAUUUGUACCUAUCCUUGAUGUACCUGGAACUGCAGAUCUCAGUGCUUAUGUUGAUUUUGAAGCAAUUCGCCACUCUGCUGGGGAGGCCUCAGAUAACGUUUCUGUUUACGGUCCCAUCACCCAGUCACAGUUUUUGGGCUCUCUCGGUAUAAAUUUCAGAGUUGAAACUUUGAUACAGAACUGUGAAACAGAAGAGCAGGCAGAGUUGUUACAGGCAGGAUAUUGGCGUCUGGUGGGUGAAGGAGAAGCCCCUUUCUGGGAGGGUCCUGAAGACAAGGUGCCUAUUGGUAUGGGUACACGAUAUUUAGCUAUGGUUAUUGUCAACAAGAAUCAAGGCAUUCCUAUUCCAUUUCAAUGAAGCAGAAAUGACACUCAUAGUGAAGUAGUAUAGAGAUGUGAGGUGAUUGGUUUAUCUUUCAAGUAGGCUGCAUUCCAUUUUUUUCUUCGUGAUGCAGUUUCAGAUAACGAGUGUGAUUCAACCAGCAUUUAUAACUUUAUUGUUUUUGAGCUGCCUUUCCUAAUUGUACAAUUUUAUUUGUGCGAAAGUGGGAUUGAAAUUGUGAAAAAUAAAGGUUGAGAAAAUCCUCUAAUUGUUCUUAUCAGAACAAUGCUGAGUACAUUAGUACGUGUUACUCCUACAAUUGUGGAUGAGGUUCUGUGGAACUUCAAAAAUCAAAAGAAUGUUAUGAAGUCAUUCAAUUUGAUAUAAGGUACAAAAUCAUGUAUUCUACCUUUGUUCAUUUUCUUUGUUCUGUUCAGUUUACAAUUUUUA